CAGUAAAACCAUGGGGUAGUCUGCCAAACCAUUCCGGAAACCACCAGAAAUACUGUAAACCAUCAUUUAUUUGCGGGCAUAUUAUUUUUAGGACAAUAUUUAGAAUCGACCCUUUGAAUCCCGGACAGAUCGUCCCCCAGGCCUGGCCUCAACCAACCAGCGGGCUCAUUGCAUUGAGUUAAAUAUAAACUCAAAACAAUAAUAUAAACAAUCUCUUUUCGGUCGGUCAGGCCACAUACCACGCACGCAUAGUGUUGUGUGUCGUGCCUUAACCAAAAAAAAACUAUCUCCCUUCAUUAUCAUUAGAUUUAAUUAAUUAAGUAUUUAUUGAAUUUUUCCCCCAGAAACCUUCUUGUUCAACAAGAAAAUGGCAUCAAAAGUUGGUAUUUGUCUAUUCAGAAAUGACCUUCGGAUACAUGACAAUGAGGCACUAUUUGUUGCUAACCAAAAAAGUGAAGCCUUGCUUCCACUAUACUGUUUUGACCCAUGCCAUUAUGAAGGAACAUAUCACUAUAAAUUUCCAAAAACUGGUGGUCAUCGGUUGAAAUUUCUGUUGGAGAGCAUUGUUGAUUUGCGAGAGAAGUUAAAAUCCAUUGGAAGUAAUUUGAUCGUAAGAAAAGGCAAACCAGAAGAUGUUAUUCCUGAAAUAAUUAAGACUUUCAGUUCUGAGGCAGAUGUAUCAAUAUUUUUGCAUAAAGAGGUAACAGAUGAAGAAACGAAAGUUGAAAAAGCAAUAGAAUCUAAACUCCCAGUAGCGGCAGUAUGGGGACAUACUUUAUAUCACAUUGAAGAUUUACCCUUUCAGCCUAAACAUUUGCCUGAUGUGUAUACUCAGUUUAGGAAGAGAGUAGAAAGUGAUGUUCCUGUGCGUAAAUUGAUACUGAUUCCUGACAAGUUAAAGCCAUUACCUUGUUCAAUAGAUCCUGGAGAAAUACCCGGCUUUGCUGAUUUUAAUUUACCUAGGCCAGAGAGUGAUCCCCGAACAGCUUUUCCUUUUUCUGGAGGAGAGUCUGCUGCUUUAGAACGAUUAAAUAGCUACUUAUGGGAAACCAACAAUGUCACUACAUACAAAGACACCAGAAAUGGCAUGAUAGGCCCUGAAUUCUCUACUAAGUUUUCUCCUUGGCUUGCUCAUGGAUGCAUAUCUGCAAAAAAGAUUUAUUGGGAAAUAAAAAGAUAUGAAAAAGAAAGGACAGCAAAUCAAUCGACAUAUUGGGUGAUAUUUGAACUUCUAUGGAGAGAUUAUUUUUACUACAUUGGUCUCAAAUAUGGAAAUAAACUCUUCUUUGCAGGGGGUAUAAAGGGAGAUAAUGUAAAAUGGAAGACCAAUGAACAACAUUUUAAAGCCUGGCAGGAGGGUAAAACAGGAGUCCCCUACGUCGAUGCAAAUAUGAGGGAGCUUGCAGCCACAGGCUUUAUGUCUAAUAGAGGUCGCCAGAAUGUUGCCAGUUUCUUAACCAAGGACUUGCAGCUGGACUGGAGAUUGGGAGCAGAAUGGUUCGAAUCACUGCUGAUUGACCAUGAUGUGUGCAGUAACUAUGGCAACUGGCUAUAUGGAGCAGGCAUUGGAAAUGAUCCUAGAGAAAACAGAAAAUUCAAUGUUGUCAAGCAAGGACUAGAUUAUGAUGAAGAGGGUAAUUAUGUUAGGCUGUGGGUUCCAGAAUUGGCUGGGAUUAAAACAGGAAGAGUUCAUUGUAUUUGGACUGCCAGCAAGGUCCAGUUGGAAACUGGAAAUGUAGUUCUAGGUCAGACAUACCCUCAUCCCAUAGUUCUUGCACCUGAGUGGAGUAAACAUGUCAAUAGGCCUGGUUCAAGUUCAUCAGCGCCCAAGGGAAGCAAAGAUUAUCAAUCACCAAGAGGCCGGGGAGCAAGUGCAACAUCAAGCAGGACACAGCACACUCAAUAUGCUGGGCAAAAAAGGGGUUUAGAUUUCUAUUUCAGCAACACUAAGCCACAAUAAGUUUUCUUGUACAUUUGUCACCGUAGCAUAUUUAUUUAAUACAAAUAUUUAAUAAAUAGAGAUUCUGUCAAAAACAAGUUUCAAGUAAUUAUUUACUUCUUCUCAAUUUCUAGCUGCAAACAUUAGUUUAAGAUACUAAAGAUCAGGGCAUUGUUUUCAGGUUUUUAUUCAUCAAGUUAAUAAUGACAAAUUCUGAUUUAUAGAAACACUUGCAUUUGUAGACAGGAUAAAAAUUACACCAAAUGUUAUAUUUUAUUAUUUACAUUAAAUAUCUAAAAAGUUUGUAGGUCUGUUUUACUGUUUAUUCAAAAAUAAAGAAAGCAUGUGCCUUUUAAUAUUAGUUAAACUUAUAAUUAUUAAAUCUUUUUUUUUUUAAAAUGGCAUUUUAUAAACAGCAAAACUUUGUCAUUGCUUCUAGAUAUAGUAGUAAAAUUGUUUGAGCAAACCACUUCAAACUAACUUGACCCCCCCCCCCCCCUACCCACCCAGAUUAACAAGGACAUACACAUAAGUAAUUCAUAAUUCUUUAAAAGCUUAUACUAAUUCAAUAACUGUGUCUGUGUGUAUUGCAUUGUCAAUAAUUUAUAUUCCAUAGUUACAAGUUUAUUUAUUCAUUGUACAUAUCAUAGGUAAAAAUCUCCAGCUUGUUGAGAAAAGUAAAUAUUUCAAAUUAACAAGCUUAUGAUGAGCAGGCUUUAUUCUAAAUUCUAAGAACUUUGUAUGUCCAUAUACAACAAACCUGUGUGCCUACUAUUUAAAAAAAAACAACUUUUUUUGUUAUGUAUGAUUUGUGAUGUGAUUAAUGCUUUAUUUUUCAUUAAUAUUGAAUUUGUGUCUUACUGUAUGUCUAUUUAGACAGUAAAUGAAUCUGGGACUAA